AAAAGGCGCCGCGUGUUUUCGUGGCUCUGCGGAUCGGCUUUUGGGCAAGGAAGGAGCGGAAGGUGUGAUUUGGCGGAUUUUAAGGCGAUACCGUGUGGGAGGCAAUACCAGCGAAGCAUGUGCUUCAUGCUCUUUAAUAACAGAGCUCCACACUCCAUAGGGGGAGCGGCGAAUCCGUUUUGGGUGUUUCUCGCGCCGCAAAGUUGCUCGCUGAUGCUGCCAUGGCGACACGCGGCAGCCCAUUUUUUUGCGCGCGGCUGUCCGUCGGUCCGGAGUGACGCCGUUUUCUCACCUGCCUGAGUUUUUUCAAGCUACCUGUCCAGGGCUGCUGAGAGGAGGACUACCUGGGAUGGCAAGCAGCUCUGUCGUCAAGAGGUAGCGUGUGAUGGUGGUAUCCAGGUUGCAGUGUCAGUGAGGCAAGCAAAAAGACACUUGCAUGUCUACUGCAUAGUGAUGGCCUCUGCUGAGCUGCUGUGUUCCUGCUUCCAUCAGCAUUGCUCCUAGGCCACACACACACACACACACACACACACACGCUUACAUACACUCACAUACACACAUAAACAUACAGGCAUACACCUGUAUCAGGUUCACCUCCAUACACACAGACACAAGCAAACAACAUGUACAGUGUGGAAGACUUGCUGAUCUCUCAUGGAUACAAACUGCCCAGGAGUGGCCCUUCCUCAUCUUCUGCACCUUACGACAAUCGAAACACUGACUGUCGGCGUGACAACGUGGAGAACCGUCCCUCUGGUGGUGGCGGGGCCUUGAACGGCUUUGGGACAGCAGAAGGUGGAGGAGACAGCCGGACAGAAACAGGGACGGGGGCCUACAGACCGACUCAGUCUGUAAAAGCAUAUCCCGAAAACAACAACAAUAUCAACGAGGGACCUGAACGAAUCCAGAGGAGGCUGGAAGUUCCUGUCGGUUUCCUUGGUGAUCUGCAGCCUCUAGGAGACUCACUUGCUACUGACAGUGGGUUUUAUGAUGCCCCCAGCUUGACGUUUUCUGAACACACAGAUGAGCGAGAUAUUGCCUACUGGAGAAGGAGAGGGCAAGACUUCAGUGCUCUAUUGGACUUUGCUGACCCUAGGGAGUUGCGUGUGUCGGGAGGGCCUUGGAGAGGCCCAAUGCUGGCUCCUGAGGAGCUAAGGACAGAAAGGCCAUUGACAAGAUGGGAAGAAGUGCAGUGGAUGCGAGAACCCAUAGACUCAGGCCCAGAGACACUACGAGUGACUGGAGAAAGGAAGUGCCAAAGCCUGGGUACGGAGGAGUGGCGUCCUGCAGUAGGUCUGGGCCGGCAGUUAUCUGAUGGAGAAGCUGAACGCUGGUCUCAGGAACAGCAGCACCGUUUGCGGCCCACAGAGGGCAGUGUGCCUGCCACAGUCAGGAUGAAGUCUCAGUCACUGCCCCGAGUUCUCUCUCCUGAAGAUCCACAGUAUGGAGAGCAUCCCCAAACGGGUGCCUCAAGCCAGGCCCCUACACAAAGAAACAGCUCUGUGCCAUACAGUCGUUAUCAUAAUGAAUGGCCAUUAGGAGAACGGUGGAGUGGUCAGAGUCAAGGUCCCACUGCACUUGUGCCAAAGCCACGUUUCAGUCGACCCAUAAAGCCCCCAUCUUAUGAGACUCACCAGCAGAAUAGGGGGAGUUGGGAAACUCUUUCUUCUGAACCAGUUUCUAAACCCAGAGACCGGUCAAUUUGCUAUUCUCAGAGCUUUGAACCAUUAAGAGACAGGUCUGGAUGCUAUUCCCAGAGCGCAGAGCCAUUACGGGAUCGGUCCAUAUGCUUUUCACAGAGCGCAGAGCCACUGAGAGAUCGAAUGGUGAGCCAUUCCCAAAGUGCCGAACCGCUACGAUUUGUUAGUCAUUCACAAAGUGCAGACCUGUUAAGAGACCGCUUUUUAAGCCACUCUCACAGUGCUGACCUUUUAAGGGACAGAUCACUUUGUUAUAGCUCAGAACUACUUCGAGACCGGUCUAUGUGUUACUCACAGAGUGCAGAAUUACUGAGACCAGAGGCAUAUAGGGCAGAUCUGUUUUAUCAGGAAUUGACUGGUAUGGAGCCCCCUGGUUACAUCCCACCCCCCUCUUACAGGAGAUUUCUGCCUCCCAGGAGUGGACAGAUUUACCGUGCUGAUUCUGCCCUUGUCCGAUGGAAACGAGAACCAGUAAGUGCUGAGAUGGGUGAGUGGUUUUCAAGAACAGCAGGAAUGUCAUGGUCAGAACGUCAGGAAGACAGGAGUAUGGCAGUUGUUCCCAGACGGCCAGUGCAUCCAGGGCCAGUCAUACCAAAUCGACCUGUUCAGUAUGUCCCGUUUGAAGACCCACGUGUUAGGCAUAUCUCAGGGGGGCCCAGUGGAAACUCACUCACAGAUGCAGACAAGAUUCGACAUGUCAACAAAGAGCUUCCCUGCACUGCAACUUUAGGACAAUCCACACAUGAUAGUGCCUUCCUCCCUCCACAAGGGCCGAGCACGGACACUCACAAACCAGCUCUCAGUGAACAGGAGAACGCUAACCGAUGGAACAGAGGAUUGAACAAAGGCAAUGAAAGUGUAGCACCAGACCAGAGCUUUUCCAAGUACUCCACAACAUUUCAGGCAAGACCCUCACAACCAGUUAUAAAGGUUGAGCGGAAACAGUUAAAAGCUGAGAAAGUCACAGACAAACAGACAAAGGUAGACAAAUCAAUUGAAAAGGGUUCCUCAGAAAGCGUUUCCACAGCAAAGACAGAAGUAGCAUAUGAGCCUGAGAAAAAGAGUGUGAAAAAGAAAUUAAGUGAGACUAUUUUCUGCCUGGUGUCUGUCCCUCUUUCACAAUCUAGUGGAAAGUCAAGAGAUCAAAACAACAAUGAAGAAAAAGAACCUGAAUCCCCUCGUAUUCCUCCCCCUCCACCACCAAGCUCCUCAAGUGAAAACAGCAACACCCUUGGUUCGCUGCCAAACCAAAGCCUCAAAAGCACAUCCACCACCUCCACGGAUUUGGAACUACAGGCACUUACACUUGGCAGUGCUUCCAGUAGCAUAAUCACCAGAAGAGCUCAUCGCAGGAGAAACUCUCGCACUAAAAUAAUAAAGCCAAACCCCCAUGAUGAGCUGAGACGUUAUUCUGGGGCUUGGCCAGGGGACCAGUAUCGUGACCAGGAAACCCAAACUAGUCCUGAACUUGCAAAGAGUGCUCAACAUCCAGGUCCUGAUAAAAUGGAAGCACAAACACUGCCUGCUGUCCCAGAAGUAGAAGCUCUUGCUGAAAGUGGGUCAGGAGUUCCAGGUGCCUCUGGGCCUACAGGAGGCACAGGGGCUACAGGAAAUCCAGGACCUUCAGGAACUACAGGGGCUACAGGAAAUGCAGGGCCUACAGGAACUUCAGGGGCCACAGCAGCCCCUGGGCCUUCAGACCCCAGUACUCCCUUUGGGUAUCCUAUGAAAGGUCAGAAAAGUCUAAAACCAUCCAGCAACAGUGCCUUUUCAAGAACAGGCACCUUCAAGAGCACAGGUUCACACAGACCUCCAUUACAUCCUCCCCCACAUCCACCACCACCACCUCCAACCCAACCACCAUCCCAACCACCGCCACCACCCCCAACACAUCCUCCACCAAAAUCACCCCCCUUGGAUCAAGCUGAAGAUUUAAAGUCAAUUGCUGGCCCUAACCCAGAGGCUUUUGGUCAAUUCUUGUUGAAGCCAGUGAGCCGAAGGUCUUGGGAUGCCAUUGAGGAGCUAGAGUCCAUUAAUAAAGAAUUGCAAGAGCAAGCAGGUAAGCGUCCUAGUGUGGACCAGUGCAUUGAAGACCUUAAUGAGGCCUACAAAGAUAUCCUGGAGCUUACCACUGCCAGCAAUAACCUUCCCAACCGUUCCUCCAUGCAAAUCCCUGACCGUAUAAAAGCCAGACUGUCCACUGAUCCAUUAGGAAUGCCUACAACUACACUUAGGUCCAGCCUAGUACCAGGAAGUGACCCAGAAUACAGGGAGGUUAAGAGUGCCUUUUCCCGACCAUCAACAGGGAAGAGUGUUAGCUUCAGCAAACAGCUAAGGGAGGAGAUUUGUCCAGCAGCUCCUCCACCAGAAACAGGUUUCAGAGAUUACAAAACAGUAAUGGCCCAGAUAACUCAGCGCAAAGCCUGCAGAUCAGUGAAGUUGGAUGUCUCAACUCCUAAGGAUACCCUUGUCAAAGAUGAGAGUUUGACUGCACAAACCUCCUCCACUUCAUCCAUGUCAGCUGAGAUCCCAUGGGGAGACAGGCAGCCCAUGCAGGAUGCCUCAACCCUAACCAGCCCCCCAGACUAUGAGCACAUCUGUCAAACACUCCAAAUGGCCCGUGAUUCUGGGGCGAUCAGCCGAGGGGCCUCUGUAAAAUCCAAACCAGGUAGUGCCAUGAGCAUUGAUCAGCAGCAUGUGGCCAUGCCUAGUGGAUCUGCAGUAGAUUCAGAGCAGCCAUGCUGCUCAUUAGCAUUAGAAAAUGAAAAUAAUUUGAGACAGGAGCCAAUAUCUUUAUUAAGUGAAGAGAGAACCACUGGCUUUAGAAGGGUAACAAAUCAGAGUAACAAACUCCUUGGUAACAGAAGUGUGCUGUGUGGCAUCACAGGUGGCAAGCCAAUAGGAGACAAAGCAGGUUUAGAGGGGAACCCAGAAGUACCAGCUGACUGGCAGAUGCAGCUGUCACUAGCUGAGAAGCAUAUUGCCACACUUAUCACUGGGGAAGAGUCCAAGCCUGGGUCAGUUGAGGCUCUAGAUGAAAUGAGUGACAUUAAGAAGAGUGAAGGCAUCUCUGCCAGUAAGUUGGAAGAUCAAGCAAACAAGGCACUGGAAGGAGACAACCUUGAAGCCUGUGAACAAAUUAAUACCCAAGUAGAGCAGCAAGAGACUGAACUAGCACAAGUGGCUGAAAGCCAGAUGACUCUAGAAAUAAGAACUGAUGGUGAUAACAGAAGGAAAGAAGAAGAGGAGACACAGUUAGAGCCAGAAAAUUUCCAACAGGAAGACUCUGUCACUGAAGGUACAGAAUUACAAGCCCAGGAGGAUGAGCAAAUGCAUGAGUCCAACAAGGAACAAAGUGUGAUUUUAAGACCAAACAAGGGUGCAAUGUGGACUCAUUCAGGCCUAGACCCAGGGCUACUGCCAGAGUUUCCCCCAGAGCACCUUCCCCUGUCUGUGUUAGCUUAUCCAAAUCGGAGAUUAUCUUUAGAGUUGGAUUGGGAGAGAAGUGGCUGGGAAGGAGCUAGGUGGAGCCUUGGAGGGGGUUGGGCAAGAGAAAGGCGAUCCCUUGAUGCUGAAAGGCAGGAUUUAGGUGAGGAUAGGUGGGGUUUAGAAAGUGAUAGACAACAAUCCAGUGGUGAAAAGCGUGGUCUAGGUGGUUGGCGUGGGUGUGGGAUUGAUAGGCAGGGUUCAGAUGAUUCAGAUUGGGAUUUAGACACUGACACCCACAACAUAAGGGAUAAAGGAAGGGUUGUAGAAGAAUGGAACCCUAAGCAAGGACAGGAUCAAAGUGAAGACCAAAGCAGUAAUGUGUCUAAUAAAGACUUAGUGGUGGACAAACAUAACUUGGUAGAUGAAAAGAUUCAAGGUGCUGAAGAGAGUCCAAGGAUCAAGGAGGUGCAAGGCUCAGGAAAACGGGGCAGAGUGCUUUCUCAGCGAAUUGAGGCCCUGCAUGAUCGUUUUAUAGCCCCACCUGGACAUGGUUCUGAAGAGAGACUUGCCCGUAUGAGAGAGGUGGACACUGUCUCCCGCAUGAGACGCCUUAGCCUUCGUAGCACAGACUCAUGGGAUGGACUAUAUGGGGUGGCCUUUGUUUCCAGUGCUGAAGAGCUGGGGAGGGAUGAUAGACAGUCCCUUCCUUCAUCCCAGGAACUUCCAAACACAGCAGAGAAGGAGGACAGAAAAAUCAGAGAGCCCUGCUCUGACAGCAAUGAGCCUUGCAAGACACAAAAUGACCAUCCAAUUUCAGCAGAGUCAGAGGAGCCCAGCCAGGUGGAGAAGUCAUAGUUGAACCCCGGAAGUCAUAAAUCAGGGGGUGAAGGGACAUCCAUUGCCACUAAGAGCCAGCUUCCAACACUGUGACCUGGCUGUCUGCUAAAUGCCUUCAUUUUCAUAUGGCACUCGCACAAGAACACUCAGACAGACACACAGACACCCACACACACAUGCA